AUGAUGUCAGGCAGCCGAUUCACAACAACGGAUGAGACCUGGUCCACGUCAGCACUUUGCCAGUUCACCUACCGCGACCUACAGCAGGCCACGCAGUGGUUCGGCCCUCCCUGUCCCAAUUCUCUUCGUUUCCUUUUCUUCUCCCGCAAUCUCUCCUGCCCCUCUUCCCUUCCUGCCUCUCAUCCCCCCCUGCCAGUGUCAGGCAGUAGCCGAUUCACAACGACGGAUGAGACCUGGUCCAUGUUACCACUCCGCCGAUUCACCUACCGCGAGCUACAGCAGGCCACGCAGUGGUGGGGGUUACAGCAGGCCAAUCUCCCCUGCCCCUCUUUUCCUUCUGCCCCUCUUUUCCUUCUGCCCCUCUUUUCCUCCUGCCUCUCUUCCUUUCCUGCCUCUCGUCCCCCCCUGCCAGUGACAGGCAGCCGAUUCACAACAGACGAGACCUGGUCCACGUUACCACUCCGCCGGUUCACCUACCGCGAGCUACAGCAGGCCACGCAGUGGUUCGGCCCGAGCCAGAUCCUGGGCCGGGGCAGCUUCGGCACGGUGUACCGAGGCUCGGUGGAGGACUGGCUCGGCGAGGAAGACGCGGGGAAAGUUCCAGGGGAGGAGCGAGGAGGAGGGAACGCGCAUAGGAAUGGGGAAGAAAGAGCAGGGAGAGCAGGAAGAGUGGGUGGUGGUGCUUCAGGUUGUGGUGGUGGGGGUGGGACGCCACGUCAGCGUGACGUGGCAGUGAAGGUGCUACACAGCGGGAGUUUCAAGGCGGUAGACGAAUGCGUGUCAGAGAUUAUAAUGCUUGGCAGUUUAAACCACCCUAACCUGGUGCGGCUGUUAGGGUACUGCGUGGAUUUGAAUCGGCCCCAGGGGGGCGCUGCGGCGUUGCUGGUGUAUGAGCUUAUAGAGAGGAGGAAUCUGCACACGUGGCUGUAUCCACGUCAGCAGGAGGAGCAGGAGGGGGAGGAGGAGCAGAGGAAGCGGAGGUGGGGGGGUACGAGUGAGACAGCUGCUACAGAUGAUGCUGCUGCUUCUACAGCCGCUUCCACAGAUGCUGCUACAGCUGCUACAGCUGCUACAGCUGCUACAGCUGCUACAGCUGCUACAGCUGCUACAGCUGCUACAGCUGCUACAGCUGCUGCAGCGGCUAGGGGUGUGUCUGGUGCUGCUGCCAGUGCCGCUGACUCCACCACGCCUGUGCUGACGUGGCAGCAGCGCGUGCGCAUAGCUGUGGACGUGGCGAGAGGUCUGGAGUACCUGCACGGGCAGAACGUGAUUCACAGGGACUUCAAGACGUGCAAUAUUCUACUGGAUGAGCACAUGAAUGCGAAGCUGACGGAUUUCGGAAUGGCCACAGCAGGGCCCGAGGCGGGCAAGUCGCACGUGUCUACUCGCAUCAUGGGUACAAUGGGAUACUUGGACCCUUCGUACAUUGACACAGGUGAGGAGGAGUUCAAUGCGGUGGAGAUGGAUAAGCAUGGAUUGUGGCUCUGGGGCAUCACGGGGCUCUGGGGCAUCACGAGGCUCUGGGGCAUCACGGGGCUCUGGGGCAUCACGAGGCUCUGGGGCAUCACGAGGCUCUGGGGCAUCACGAGGCUCUGGGGCAUCACGGGGCUCUGGGGCAUCACGAGGCUCUGGGGCAUCACGAGGCUCUGGGGCAUCACGAGGCUCUGGGGCAUCACGAGGCUCUGGGGCAUCACGAGGCUCUGGGGCAUCACGAGGCUCUGGGGCAUCACGAGGCUCUGGGGCAUCACGAGGCUCUGGGGCAUCACGAGGCUCUGGGGCAUCACGAGGCUCUGGGGCAUCACGAGGCUCUGGGGCAUCACGAGGCUCUGGGGCAUCACGAGGCUCUGGGGCAUCACGAGGCUCUGGGGCAUCACGAGGCUCUGGGGCAUCACGAGGCUCUGGGGCAUCACGGGGAUGCUGGGAUACUUAAACCCUAACCCAACCCAACCCCCAACCCGCCACUCCCCCCCCAGGCCACCUCAUUGCGCGCAUGACGUCUACUCGCUGGGAGUGGUGCUGCUGGAGCUGGCAACAGGCCGGUCGCCCGGUGCUGCUGAGAACGCCCACCGCCUCCUGCCCUGGGCUCUCACACACCUGGAUCGCUGUGAACAGCUUGUACAGCAGCAGCAGCAGCAGCAGCAGCAGCAGCAGCAGAAGCAGGAGGAGGAGCAGAAGCAGCAGCAGCAGCAGCAGCAGCAGCAGCAGCAGCAGCAGCAGCAGCAGCAGCAGCAGCAGCAGCAGCAGCAGAAGCAGGAGGAGGAGCAGCAGCAGCAGCAGAAGCAGGAGGAGGAGCAGAAGCAGCAGCAGCAGCAGCAGCAGCAGCAGCAGCAGCAGCAGCAGCAGCAGCAGCAGCAGCAGCAGCAGCAGCAGCAGCAGCAGCAGCAGCAGCAGCAGCAGCAGCAGCAGCAGCAGCCGCAGCAGCAUCAGUGGGAGGAGGAGGAACGUCACGAGAAGGAGCAACAUCAGCAGCUGGAGCAGCAACACGAUAGACAACAGCAGCAGCAGCAGCGGGAGCAGCAGCAGCGGGAGCAGCAGCAGCGGGAGCAGCAGGAGCAGGAAGAUGUGCACGCAUCUGUCCCCUUUAACUUGUGCGUCGUUAUGGAUAAAAGUGCUGGACUGCACAUAGAGGCCGCUGCGCUGAUCCUUAUCCGCCAUGGCGAGUCUCUCUGGAACUCCAAGAACCUAUUCACAGGCUGCGUGGACGUUCCUCUGUCGGAGAAGGGUGUCAAUGAGGCCAUUGAGGCAGGAAAGAGAAUCUCCGAGAUUCCCGUGGAUGUCAUUUUCACCUCCGCGUUGAUCCGCGCUCAAAUGACCGCCAUGCUGGCCAUGACGCAGCAUCGUCGUAACAAGGUUCCUGUCAUCCUGCACGAGGAGAGCCAGAGAGCCAAGGACUGGAGCCGAAUCUUCAGCGAGAACACCGACGAGGAGAUCAUUCCCGUGAUCACUGCGUGGGAACUGAACGAACGCAUGUACGGAGAACUCCAGGGUCUGAACAAGAAGGAGACGGCAGACAAGUACGGCAUGGAGCAAGUCGUUCUCUGGCGCCGAUCCUACGACGUCCCUCCUCCCAACGGCGAGUCCCUGGCCAUGUGCGCGGAGCGCGCUGUGGCGUAUUUCAAGGAAAAUGUGGAGCCGAGACUCACGGCUGGCGAGAAUGUGAUGAUUGCUGCGCAUGGCAACUCGCUUCGCGCGAUCAUCAUGUACCUUGACAGCCUUACGUCGCAGGAGGUGAUAGAGCUGGAGCUGUCCACUGGCGUCCCCAUGCUCUACAUCUUUCAAGGAAGCAAGUUCCUCCGCAGGGGCUCUCCCCUCCGCUCAAAUGAUAUUGGUGUCUUUGCACUCACAGAGGACCUGGCGCAAUAUAGAACCAUGCUGGACACUAUAUCCGAAGGCCGGGGCUGA